AUGGGAACUAAGAGAAUGAACGAUACAGAGAAUAAGCAAAUGAUUGUAAAGCCAGAUCCAUUGAGGGUGGUGUGCAAGCGAAUAUCAAAGCAAAAGAAUAUGGUUAGAGAAGACAAGCGCAUGCUUAUAAAGAAUAAGUCAAAGGUAAAGCUGUUUAAAUGCAUGUCAAUGUGGAAAAAUCCAACUAGCCAGAUAGUUCCAUUACAGACCAGAGUCGUACACGAUAGAUUCAAGACUGUACAUCAAGAGAUCAAUAUUGAGAUGUUUAUGAAUCUCAAGUACUCUUUGGAUCAAAUUGAAGCACAAUAUACAAGUAAUUGCCUAGAUACUCAAGAAGACAUCAACAAUAUAGAUAAAUUUCAUACUAGCAAUAAUUAG